AUGUCUCAAAGAAUAAUCCAACCAAGUGCAUCUGAUCAGCAAUUCCAAGGUAAGUCUGAUGGAUAUGAAUACACUGUUGGGCCCAAGCAAGCAAUAACAAGCGAAACUUCUACAGCCUAUAUGCCCUCCAGAAUAUACUCAGACUCUCUUCUUUUCAAAAGGCAAGAAGUGUCUUUAUCAGCAAUGGCUUUUUUGUUUCAGGAAAUGAUUUCACAGCUGCACAGAACGUGCAAAACUACUGGCGAUUUUGAAAAUAAAUUGAGCGAUUAUGGCCACGACAUUGGGAUCCGUCUCUUGGAGUUGUUGAACUUUAGAGCUUCCGUCGCUCCGAGUUCUCUUCCUAGGGCGUCUGCUUUCCUUUCACAAGGCGAUUCUUCUUCAAAGUUAUUAAAUGCAUCAAAUUCAUCAGGCAUAUUGUCUAACUCCAGUACCACGACUUCUGCUUCCGCUAAUGAACGACUUCAAGAAAAGCAAACAGAGUCAUUGUCCAACUACAUUACGAAGAUGAGGCGCCGUGAUCUGAAAAUUCUUGAUAUACUUCAAUUCAUUCAUGGCACCUUAUGGUCGUAUCUUUUUAAUCACGUAAGUGAUGAUUUGGUCAAGUCUUCAGAACGUGAUAAUGAAUAUAUGAUAGUAGAUAACUUCCCCACCUUAACCCAGUUUAUCCCGCGUGAAAACGUUUCUUGUGAGUACUUCGUCUGUGGUAUUAUUAAAGGGUUCCUAUUCAAUGCUGGAUUCCCGUGUGGCGUUACAGCACAUCGAAUGCCUCAAGAUGGACAUAGUCAACGAACCGUGUAUUUGAUUCAGUUUGACAGGCAAGUGCUUGAACGGGAAGGUUUGAGAUUUGCCUAA